GGUGGGAGAAGUAUAAAAGACACAGAGACAAAGCUCAGAGAUCAGUCUUGACGGAAACAAGAGGACUACCCUGUAGGACCUCAAAGAGCUCCUUCUAAACCCAUCAUGGGGGGUAUUAAGAUAUUCCUUUGGACCUUGCUGGGAACAUACGCAUUGGCCCAACAAGAAGCGGGAAAUCUUGAUGGAUCAUCUUCAACAUGUUUUUUGGCCAAAAGAUUCAAGAACUUCAGGAGGUUUGCGUACGACUACGAAGUGGAAACACUCAAUGGCGUCAAGGGAGCGACUCCUGUCCAGAACGGCCCCAAAGUCUCCUGCAAGGUUGAGCUCGAGGUACCCCAGACGUGUAGCUUCAUCCUGCGCACCACGGACUGCUCUCUGACCGAGGUCACCGGCAUCGAUGAGCAAGGCACCCCGGUGUUUGGACCCGCUGCCGGUUCGGAGGCCUUCAAAGCUGCCAUGGAAAAGAACGCCCUGAUGUUCACGGUGGACAUUGAGAAUGCAGUCUCCCUGUUCCCUGAGGAGGGAGAACCCAAGAGCAUCCUGAACGCCAAGAGGGGAAUCGUCUCUGCCCUGAUGGUGCCUGCCAUGGAGGAGGACAAGAGCCGAGGAAUGACCACCGUGCACGGAGAAUGUGGCACUGACUUCACCGUCACCUCGGGAGAGGCAACCGAUGUCACCGUCAGCCGGGACCUGUCCAAAUGCAGCAGCGCCUCUCCCCAGAGAGAGCCCACCAGCCCCCUGGCCCUGAUCUCUGGCAUGCACUACCCUCUGAGCAAGUUGAUUGGCAGCACGCAGACCUGCAACUACAAGUUUGAUGCCAGCAAAAAACACAUGGUGUCCGCAGUCUGCACUGAGAAACAUCUCUUCCUGCCUUUCUCUAGCCAAAAUGAGUAUGGGAUGUCCACCAAGGUGAGCCAGACCUUGUUCCUGAGGGAAAGCAACAAAAUCAACGACAGGAUCUUCAACUACAACGCCGACAACCUCCGCUCAUUGCACAUGGAAGCCACAGAGGACAAGGCCAUCAUCCAGACCAAGGAGGCCGUCCUUGCCAGCCUGAGGGAACUGAGCACUCUGGCCCAGGAGACGGAAGGCCAGCGGCGCGCCAGCAUCUUCCACAAGCUGGUCACCGAGCUGCGGGGCCUGAACGAUGAGGUCCUGACCACCUGCACACCCGAGAUGAUGGAGCUGUCCAGCAGCCUGACAUGGCAGGCCCUGGCCCAGUGCGGCACCCCCGAGUGCACCAGCGCCAUCCUGUCCGUCCUGAGGACCUUCGAGCCCGACGCCAUCGAGGUGGACGCUGUCGUCUACGCCAUGGGCCUGCUGCCCAAUCCAUCUGCCCUGCUGCUCAAGGACAUGCUGCUCAUGGCUCAGUACAAGCAGAGCAAGCCAAUCAUGUUUGCCCUCAGCAAUGUGGUCAGGAAACAAUUCCAGGCCGACCAGCAGGUCACCCCUGCUAUCACUGCUGUGGCUGAAUUCAUCGCAUCCCUUUUGAGCUCAGACUGCCCUGGGGAAAAAGAUCUCACUUACCUGACCUUGAGGGUUGUUGGUAAUAUGGGAGAGGCCAUGGAAGCCGCAGAUCCCUCUAUUAAGAGCACCCUGCUCAAGUGCAUGAGACAGCCUGCCACCACCUUGUCCGUUCAGCUGGCCGCCAUCCAGGCUUUCAGACGCAUGCAGCUCACUGAUGAGGUGCGUGCCAACCUCCAGAGGGUCGCCACAUACGCCAAGGGUGCAGUGCAGAAGCGCCUGGCCGCCUACCUGAUACUGAUGAGGAAUCCCAAGACCAGUGACCUGGAGAUGGUCAAGAAGUUGUUCAAGCAGGAACAGAACCCACAGGUCAAGGCCUUUGUGACAUCUCACAUCUACAACAUUGUGUCCUCAAAGGAUCGCAACUCCAAGAAACUUGCCAAGAGGAUUAUGGAAGUCCUGCAGAACACUGAUGUGCCCACUCAUACCGACUACACCACUCUGUCACGCAACUACAAACUGGGAAUGGCACAUAAAUCCAUGCAGGCCAACACUAAGGGUAACAUCAUCUUCGACGUCAGCAGCCAGCUACCCAGAGAGGUCAUGCUGGAAACUACGAUGGAGGUCUUUGGUUACACCGUGGAUAUGUGGGAGAUCGGCAUGGACGGAAAGGGCUUUGAACCAUCUGUCGAGGCUCUGUUCGGAAAGAACGGAUUCUUCCCUGACACCAUUUCAAAGACGCUCUAUUGGGCAGUAGACAAAAUGCCAUUCACCAAGGAUAAUGGAAAUAAGGUACCUGAGAACCUCGUUAAGGAGGUUGUUGCUAACUUCAACAAGCUGGUCAAGGAGCUCCAGGCCCAGGAAUCCCCUGAGGCCAUGGCCUACCUGAGAAUCAUGGGCACCGAGCUGGGCUACAUCAAGGCCAGUGACCUGAAGGGCUACGCUGAAUACGCUGCCAUGUACUCCGAUAUCUUGAUGAGGAUCAUUCCAACAGAGCAAAUGCAAAAACUGAUUUCCAACACAGACAACGAGUUCUUUGCUCACUACAUCUUCAUGGACAACAAAGCCUCUGUGGCGACCGGAUCCGGAUUCCCUCUGAAGGUUGCCAUGGCUGGCAUAUUUGCUCCUGGAGCAAAGGGAGGGCUUAGCAUGACACCGAACAUGGAAGUGUCCUUCAGGCCUUCUAUGGGUAUUGAGUUGGUGACCAAGAUGGGAGUUCAUGUUCCUGAGUUUGUAGACACCGAUGUUGCGAUGCAUACUACCAUAUACCACGAGAGCGCUCUGAAUGCCAGGAUCUCCAUGGAAAACAACCAAGUCAAGCUCUCUCUCCCUGCCCCACAAGGCUCCACCCAGCUCUUCAGCGUCAGCAAUAAUGUGCUACUUGUGAACAAUGGCCGUGAGGAAGUGAUCUCAGCCAAAGACGAAGGCAGGACAAACGUUGUACAGUGCAAACCCUUCUUUUCUGGAUUGAAGUACUGCACCACAGCCCGUUACUCCGCUGGCAUCAACAACGCUCCUUACUUCCCCCUGACUGGGGAGACUAAGUUUGCUGUGGAGAUCCAACCUACUGGGGAUGUGACUGAGUACACUGCCACCAUCGCCUACAAACUCCUCACAGAGGGCAAAGGACGCCAGGUGGACUCUUUGAAAAUGACCCUAAAAGCAGAGGGCGCUGCGUCAACUGAGGCCUCUGUCAACAUGAAAUACAACAGGAACAGGAAUGUCUUCACCACCAAUGUGCAAAUCCCUGAUUAUGAGGUGGAGACCGGCAUCAGAGUUGGCAUGGUGGACAGCACCACAAAAGGCAGAUCUCUUACCUUUGACAUCACCAACCAGAACAUCCCCCAGUUGUCUCUGAUUGGCCGUGCCAAACUUCAGGACCAGACCGAUGCGAUGCUGCAGAUGCAGAUGAUAGUGCCCUCCAUGAAGACUGACGCUUCCAUCACAGCCAUUCUGAAAAACUCUGAGGACCUUGUCCUGGAGAUCAAGAGUGAUGUCAAGCUCCCAGCGACCAACUCUGUCCAGGCAGUCGUCUUCAAAUAUGGUAAGGAUCUGGCUGAGGUUACCCUUAUGUCAAACAUGAAUUCGGACAUCAAGACGCUCCAGCCCUACACGGAGGCUCUCCAGGACUGGAUGGAGCAACUUAUGAAUGAAGUCCUGGACCAGCAGGUGGUCAAGACGGACAUGAAAUUACGUCAUAUCUACAACAAGGCUCUUCAGACUGGCAAUGUCUGGAUGGACAAGCUCGCCUACGAUGUUCCUUAUGUUCACACUCUGAAGAACAGCCUGGCCGAGUUGGAAAAACCUACCAUGCCUGAGAACCUGUUCAUGAAUCUUGAAAGCCAGUUCAGAUACCAGUUCAACAAAGACAGUGUAUCCUUCACUCUUGCACUGCCUCUCGGAGGAAAGACAUCCCAGGAGCUCCGGAUCCCUCCCAUGCUCACCACACCGCUCAUUUCUCUGCCUCAGAUGGGACUUGAGGUUUCUCCCAAGGAGAUCAGCAUUCCCACAUUCACCAUCCCCUCAGACUAUGACCUCACCUUGCCUCUCAUGGGAAUGAUGGAAGUGUCUGGAAAGGUCAAGUCCAACUAUUACAACUUGGAGGGAACCAUCUCUGCUGGCAACAACACAGUAGAGUCGCCUAGCUAUGUGGCAAAGAUCAAAGUCAUCGCUGACAGUCCCAUGGAACUGUUCUCAUUCACAUCUGAGGGAGCUGCGGAAAUUAGUGACACACCCCAAGAUGCGAUCAAGGUUAUCGUCGGUGGCUCUCUGAAGCACAGAUUCAUUGAGACAAGUUUUGAGGUCUUGGAAAAAAUUGCCAUCACAGACAAAGUGUUGUCUACUAGCAGCUACAAUGGGAAGGCCUUCAGCCCCCUGGGUCUAGACACAUCUUUGGACAUCACCUCUCAGUACGCUCUGGCUUCCAAUAUGCUUACUGGAGAUGCUAACAUGGAUGGAAGUCUGACAGUUGGAUCCAUGUCAGCCAGCACCAGCUAUUCCCAAACCUUUUCUGCUGAACCUUUGAAGAAAGAAGCAAAAACUGAAACCACACUGAGAGUAAAUUCUGCGUUCCUGGAGGUUUUCAACAAAGCCACAGCCACCUUCGCUAAUGAGCAACUACUGAUUGAAUCCAACACCAACGUAGACAUUGACCCACUGAAGCACACCACUAAGUUUACCUUUGGUUACCAAGAUGCCAAACUUACAAUCCAGUCCAACUCUGCCACGAUGGCUGAUAAGAAAAUGAUUCGUAACCAGGUAGAUUUCACUGCCACUAGAGAAGGGGCCACUAUCAGGGUAGAAAAUCAGGCUGAUGAUACAGUGAACAAUGUCUACUCUCUGCUUUCUGGUUCAAUUAACCCUUCCAGCAUUGAGAUCAAUAGUGAUGCCUCUCUAAACAUCUUUGGAAGCCGUGCCUCUCACAAGGCAACUACGAGCCUGAACACGAUUGGCCUAAUCAGCAGCUGUACCACAACUGCACAGAGCAACCUGUUGACCUUUGAGAACGUUUUUGCUGGCACAGUUGACAUUUCGGGAGCCACCAUGACCAUCAACACAAAAGGGGCCGUUAAGGAAAACACAGUGGAAUUGAAUGUUGAUGCCAAGGCUCUCAUCUCAGAGGUCUAUCUCAACAGUAUACUCAAGAGCAAUGUCUUCGAUGCCAACACCAGGAAUAGGUUGAACCUCAGAUUGAAUAAGGAAGGCUGCUCCUUCUCCAACAACAUGGUGGGAUCGCUUGGUGAGAUGAAGACUGACAACACCCAAUCCCUGGAUUUAACACUCAGAUCUCUGUCAUUAAGCUCCAAGACAGACAACAUCCUCAAUACCGGAAACUACUACAAGCAUGACAUCACAGUUAACGUUGAGAGUUUCACCACUUCAGUCAACGUAAAGAAUGAUCUGAGGAUUUUGGAAGUGAACUUUGAGAAUGAGGCCCAGUUCGUAGCAAAGCCAUACACAAUAGAGAUGACUGGCAUUACGACAGGAUUGUUGUCUGAAGAACAGCUCAGGCACACUUAUGAAUUCAAAUUUGUUGAUAUGAUCCUUUCUGCCAAGUGCAACACAAAUGGUCAACUCCUGGGUUCUCAAAUGACACAUACCAGUGACAUGGAGAUUGCUGAUUGGACCAUGAAGUUCAACAACAUGGCUAACAUCAAUACUAAGCCUCUCCGUCUUGACAGCACUGUGAAAUCUAUUGUUACACCAUUCAGCAUGUCUAUUGAUGCUAUUCUGAAUUCAAAUGGAGAAAUCCAACUGUAUGGAGAGCAGAGUGGUGAGCUCUACAGCAAGUUCCUGCUGAAGGCAGAGCCCCUCUCCAUGGUUCAGUCAUUUGAAUACAGGGCUUCAACCACUCACGAGCUACAAAAUGGAGCCAGCUACAAGACAAACAUGGACAACAAAUUCAACAGCAUGAUGACCCUUAAAGAGCAGAGUGUCACAGUGGGCAUUGCAUCUAAAAUGAACAACCAUGCAUUUGAUCAUGAAUUAACUGCAUUCAACAAAGCUGAACAAAUGGGAAUGGCCAUUAAGGGAGCCCUCGCCACUACCUUCUUCAAUGGAGCCAGUGAGAACCAUGACUACUCCAUCUCUGGUUCUGUGAAUUAUGACAAGAGCAGCGAUACCCACUUCAUUCAGAUUGCAUUUUUAGAGUAUCUGCCAGAAACUAUUGAAGAAUUGAAGAAUCUAGUUGUGAGGCUGGUAGACAACAGCAUGGACAUGCUGAGGAAUAUCGAUGCCUCCUAUGAAAUUACUGCCCAGAUUCGUGGAAAGAUGGGAGAGCUUAAAGAUGCCAUAGAUACAAUUAAUCCCCAGCAGCUCAUGCAAGACCUGAAAGACUUUGUUCAAUCAAUGGAACAGUACAUGAACAACAUGAUGAACAAGUUCCCAACUGAGGAACUUACCAACAUGCUGAAAUCAAUCAAGGCUGAUAUAAUGGAAUGGAUCAAGAAAAACAACAUUGAUAACAAGAUCAAUCGUAUUUAUGUACAGAUUGAAGAGUUCCUGUCCAACUAUGAGGUUGAAAAGAUAAUUGAGAAAAUCAUGGAUGAGGCCAUUGCAAUUAUGAAACAGUACAGGAUCAGGGAAAGGAUUCAGUCUGCAUUGUCUGCUCUUAAAGCAAUUGAUGUCCAGCCUAUGUUUAACAAAAUAAUGGCGCCAGUGAAGGAGUUGAUAAAGGACAUGUAUGCCUUUGACUACAAGCAAAUGGUGGAGGAUGUCAGCAUGUAUUGUAUCAGAAUGAUUGAAAACAUCAAGUCUUAUGAUUAUGAGACAUUCACCAUGGAACUGAAAGACAAAGUCUCUGAGAUGACCAGGAUUCCUUGCUUUGGAAAACUCUCUGGAGAGUUCAAAAUUGUCUCACCUAACUACCAACUCCAGACCACUGCUGAUCUGGCGAACACCACCACUACAGCGGUCACUCCAGAGUUCAAAAUGAACCUUAACUCAAAGGCAACCUCCACUUUUGACAUCCUUGCCUACACUUUGGAUACCAGCGUAUAUUUGGCCAUGCCCGAGAGAAGCCGCCUGGCUUUCUCUGAAAACAUCAAGGCUGUACACACUGCAUUUACCAUUGACCACCAGGGCUCAAUGAGUCUAAUUGGCCUAUCGGCUCAGGCUUCUGCCACGACGAAUGCCAAGGCUACAACUGAGCCUUACGAAGCAGAGAUCGUCAGCAAGGCAGAAUUGUCCAUUGAUAGCGAAAUGUCUGCCUCUCUGGAUACAACAUACAAACAUGGAGUCAACAUGCCACUCCUCAGCCUCUCCAGUGAUGCUUCUGCUAACCAGAAAAUGAAUGCACAGAUUAAGGAUGGAAUUCUUACUAUUAAUGUUAACAACAAGGGUCAGGGAACAUACGCUCUCAAGGAUCUCUCAGAUGAUGUAGCACACAAGAGUGACAUGAAGGCUGUGAUCGACAUCUCCACAGCCAAGGUGACUUACAACGACGAAACCAAGAGUGACCUCUUCAAGUUGAUGGAAAAUGUUGCUGCUGAUAUCCACUUUACCCGCUUUAUCAUCGUUGAGGGCAAGGUUGAGACAGAAAGUCCUUUCAUGAAGAACAGUAUGGCUGUGAUGAAAUUCCAGGCUAAGACUGAAGACCUAAAAAUUGCUUUGGAUGCUUCUUAUAAUGGUGAGCUGGUCGGACCAGUAGCUGGAACUCUUGCAAACUCUGUCCUGGCUGUGGUCGCCCCAUAUGAGCUAAUGUUUGACACCAAGAACAAGGCCAAUGUCAAAGUAACCCUACCCAUGAAACUCAUCGGAAAGACAGAUUUCCAGAAUGAUAUGGCAAUCAGUGCCAAUUCUGAUGUGCAGCAGGCCAGUUGGACAGGUCUUGCAAGGUUCAAUCAAUUCAAAUACUCACAUUACUUGACAAUGGACAAUCGUGAGAGGGAAAUUCAGAUCUUUGCACGGGUCAAUGGAGAUGCCAAUCUUGAUGUUCUUAAACAGCCUAUUACAGUUCCUGAAAUAAAUGUCCCAUUCUUUGGUCUGACAAGCCCCAAACUGGUAGACUACUCUCUGUGGGAAGACACUGGACUGAACAUGCUCCUGGCAACAACUAAGCAGACUAUCGAUUUGGAGGCCAAGCUCAAAUUCUCUCUUGCUCAAAUGCAGACGGACAUACUUAUCCCGGCCCUGAGUGAUGCGACAUACGAGUUCUCCAUGAAGUCAGCAUUGAUCACGCUUAAAACCGAUGCAAGUAUUAUGAACCAAGGCGAUAUUACCAUGAAGUUGAAUGCCUCCUCAAUCUCCACGCUUGAACAUCUGAAUGGACAAAUUGAAGGAACUAGCAUAAUGAGCCGAGUCAAUGGGAUCAAACUGGCAUCUUUGUAUUCUCUAAAGCACACAAUGGUGGAGGGAAACCAUGACAGCACGAUCAGCUUUACCGAGGGAGCUGUGGAUGCUUCCAUUAAGAAUUCAGCAAAGAUUGAGCUACCCAUAUUAAAAAUGGAAAUCAACCAGGAGAUCCUUGGAAAUCCACAGGAGGGAAUCAUCAUCUCUGUGUCCUGCCCAUCAAGUGGACUUGUUGGAUUCCAGUUGCAGACUCAGGUUCCACAACAAGUGAGUGGAAGAGUCUACGGCCGUUACCCGUCUGCACCCUCCGAUGAUGUUGAAAUCUUGGCCAUGAAGAUGUCUGCAAUGAAUUGGGAAAAGCUGAGUAUCCAGACAACAUGGAACACAGAGAUGCCUUAUGAAAUGAUGCUGAGAUUGAAAACCGCUGUGCCUGCAACCUUUCAAAUCCAGGAAAUUGUCUCUAUUCAAAUUAGUAAGACCUACAACAAAAUGACCAUGCUUGCUUCAAAUCUUGCUGGUCCGAUUGAAGAAGUUAAGAGACAGGGUACAGUAAUGGUAAAGAGGUCUUAUGACAACUUGAAAGAUAUGGAUAUUUCUAAAAUGUCCAGCAGGGUCUCAGAUAGCACUAUGUUGAUUCUCAGAGAAUAUCAAAAGAGCAUCAGAAUUAUCCUUGAUGCAGCCAUUAAAUUCCUCAGAGAGACCAAAUUCCAAAUGCCAGGAUAUGCCGAGAAAAUUUCUGGCCUUGAAAUCUACAGCAAAAUGUCCACCUUUGUUGCAGAAGUAGCCGAAGACGUAAUUGUAAAAGUUCCCGAAUUAGUUGCCAGAAAGUUUACCGCAGUUCUUGAAAAUUUCCGAGGGCUUCAAUUCAGUUUCCCUGGCUCUAGUCGCAUUGUCAAAGGAAAUGAAAUCCUUGAUGACUUAGUAGUUGCAAUGAAGAGAAUCAGGAGUCAAGUAAUUGCAGUGAUAAAGAAAUUGGGGGAUAUUCAAUUAGAAGACAUUCUUAAGAGGGUGUCUGUGUUAAUAAAUGCUUCAGUUGAGAAAGCUGAUCAACUCUUUAAUUCCCUUAACACUCAAAAUCUAGAAAAGGUGUCUGCUUGGGCUUCUAAUGUGUAUGCUGAUGCCAUGAAUUCCAAUGUCCUGGCUGAUUUCACCAAGCAUAUUUUUGAGGCCAAAAGAAUAGUAAUGGACUAUUUCAAUAUUAUCAAAACCAGGUGCCAGGAUGUUUUAGCUGACAUGUCUGUUGAACAGCUUCAGGCUGACAUCCAGGCCUGGAUUGACAUCAUGGUAAAACGGUUGAAUGCUUUCCACAACAAUGUCAUUCAGUAUCUUAAAAUGAAUACAAAAACAGUUGAGCAGUAUGUGCGAGUAAGUGACAGACAGAUGGAUAUUGACAUUCCAUUCCCGUCGUUUGCUUAAAAGCCACUAACUUGCCAACAUACAAGUUUUGUUUUACUCAAUAGCAUGUCUGGAGUUAAAUUAUUAUGUAGCAACAUAUAAAAAGGUUUUUCAACCACACACAAGUAUUGUCCAUGAUGCCCAUACCCCUGACCCUAUCAUUUUGGUUUAUUUUCUCUCUGUAAUGUGUAAUCUUGUUGAAGAUACUAUACUUAAAUGGUGUAAAUUCCCCGGUAAAAAUUCAUCAAUAAAGAAACUGUACUGCAUAUA